AUGGCACCAGCACAGAUCUACCAGAGAAUGUCAGAGUUCGUUAACGCCAUCAAGAUUUCAAAUUCCGCCAACAUGGCACUCCCCCACGGUUACUACAUCAGAUACGAGGAUGUGCAAGCCAACUACAACGUCCGUAUGGACUACCACCCCACUAAGCAGGCCCUAGUGGCUCUCGGACUGACGCUCUCCUAUUUCGACCUCUGUAUGCAUCUGUUCGACGUGUUUAACGGGGGCAUUGCCCUUCAAGCCCUCGUGCUCGCAAACUGCGAGUUUCGCGCGAACACAUUCUCACACAUCACUAGCGUUACGCUCAGUAGAUUGAGCAUCAACAACGUCUCGCUGUACCAGACCCCUGUACUCCUGGAUCCAACGAAGCCGUGGCCUAAGAUCCCGGGCUACUGGCACAACGUGCUGCCUAUUCUUGCACACCAGGGAGCUAUUGAGGAAUGCGAGCUAAAGGAUCUGAGAGACGGCUUUACUUUGACAUCCCCCGAACACUGGGCAGGGCUCAACCUUCGCUGUAGAGGCAAGGAGACUAUUAAGCUCGCCUUGAUGAAUCUAGCUGCAGGCUGGCGGGAUGCUGCAAUCUUUAUGCGCCACCCAGUCAACGCAAUGGAUGAGGAACUGGAGGCUCCCCGUGAUGAGCAUGUCGCUGUCGAGCUCGCCGCUGCCGAUGAAGAGGAGGAAGAAGAAGAAGAAGAAGAAGAAGAAGAAGAAGAAGAAGAAGAAGAAGAAGAAGAAGAAGAGGAGGAGCGGUCGGUCCCCACGAAGAGCGACCACAGUUGCAAGAAGUGUCGCAAGGACAAGAAGGGAUGCGACAAGACCAUCCCCAUCUGCGGAAGAGCGAGUAGCUGGCGUAUAGGCGUCGAACUACACUACAGAACCUCGAGUGCACCGUCAGUGAAGGCAUCGAGGGGACUGAGAGCGACCCAAGCCAUACAGGAGAAGGUUCAAUGA